GUAAUUUACUAUAUACUUAAAUACAACAUAAAUUUAAGUAUUUAAUAAAUCCACCACAUUAAUAUUCAUUUGUUCAAAAUUGGGCAAGGUACAAACCAUGAUGCGCAAAGUCCUCUCGACGACCUCUAAUUUAACGGCAGCCCUUAACCUCCCAAUUUCUCGCCGUCACGCCGGUUCAAUUUUCCAACCCACCCGUCGGCUUUUCUUCUCCGACGGUGAAGUGAGCUCCGACUCGCCGCCGCAAACCAGAACCUCCGAGUUAUCGCGAGUCGACUCAUUGAUCGACGGCUGCGACUACAGGCACUGGCUCGUGGUCAUGCACCCACCUGAAAAUUACCCCCAAAGAGAAGAAAUCAUCCAGCAGUACGUCGCCACUCUAGCAACGGCUCUUGGAAGUGAGAAGGCUGCAAUGGAGUCGAUAUACUCGGUAUCAACAAAGUAUUACUACGCAUUCAGCUGUAAAAUCACUGAAAACGUGACUCACAGAAUCAAAUCACUACCUCGUGUAAAAUGGGUUUUGCCAGACUCUUACUUAUGCACUCAAGAAAGUUGCUAUGGAGGGGAACCAUUUGUUGAUGGAAAAGUUGUUCCUUACGAAGAGAAAUUUCAUGCGAAUUGGCUAAGCGAUGAGUGUGCAGAACGAACUUGUUCAACAAAGCCUAGGAGGAGAAAACGAACAAGAAAAUCGAGAAACGAAACGACUACCAAAAAUACGAAAUAUUGAAGAAUGAUAUCAAAGUAUGUUCCAUUUUUUUUUCAGUUUUUUAUUUCGUCUCUUAGUGUUUUAUUAUACACGUGAGUGUCCGUAUAUACAGCUCGAACCUUAAUCUGAUGCUUAUGCCUAUAACCUUUCGUUUUCUGUUUA